AUGUCUGCCGAAGCGCUCGAAUCGAUUUCCACCGACGACCUCAUGAAAGAGGUCCAGCGCAGAAUCGACUGCGCGAAGAAACCAGAGAAACGAGUCAUUCUCAUCGGUAAUAUUCUUUGUUUUUGCUUCUUCUUUAUGACGAUGAUGAUGAUUCCAUUUUAUCUCAUCAUACGAAGACUAAUCAUAUCUCUUAUACGUGCAAUAAUAAUAAACACAGGUCCACCUGGGUGUGGGAAAGGCACGCAAGCGCCGAAAAUCAAAUCCGAGCACUGCUUGUGCCACUUAGCGACCGGGGACAUGCUCAGAGCAGCGGUUGCCGCGAAAACGCCGAACGGAUUAGCCGCGAAAAAAGCGAUGGAAUCGGGCGGUUUGGUGUCGGACGAAAUCGUGGUCGGUAUUAUUUCCGAAGCGGUGAAAAAACCCGAAUGCAAAACCGGGUUUAUUUUAGAUGGGUUCCCGAGAACAGUCGUCCAGGCGGAGAAGUUGGACGAGAUGUUGAAGAAACAAGGGACGAAAAUCGAUACGGUUUUGGACUUUAACAUCCCGGAUGAGGUUUUAGUCGAACGCGUGGAAGGUCGAUGGAUUCACGCGGCGAGCGGGAGAUCGUAUCACACGAAGUUUGCACCGCCAAAGGUACCAGGAAAGGAUGACAUUACCGGAGAGGAUUUGAUGAAAAGAAAAGAUGAUAACGCGGAGACGUUGAAAAGUCGAUUGGAUGCGUUCCACAAACAAACGCAGCCAGUGAUUGAUUAUUACUCCAAGUUGAAGAAAGUUACGACGGUUGUCGCGAACAAACCGGCUUCAGACGUCGAAAAGCAAAUCAGGAACGCUUUGUAA